CGUCCAUCCUUCAGAGACCAUCAUCAUGAGAGCUAUUGUAUUUCUGUGUCUGCUGCAUGCAGCUUCUGCUCAGUGGCCGUCUUUGUGGUCAUCCCUCGAUUCACUCAACGAAGCAGACAACCCAGAAAACGCGUGUGAGGAGCCGCAUUCUUGUAGCUGCUGUCUCAUCCUGCAGCAAGUGAACAGCCUGAGCACGCACUUCAACUCGACCUUGAAUGAGCUGGACAAGGAGUACUCACAAACACUGCAACAGUUCAGCAAGUUUGAAGCCAGCCGCACUGCCUUCUCUGUCGCUCUUGACUUUUCGACUUUUAAGUGCCAUGGCCCCAAGCCUGCAGACAUCAAUGUCAUCUACAACCAUGUCUUCCUGAACCUGGGCAGUGGCUACAACGUGAACACUGGCAUCUUCACUGCUCUCCACUCUGGUGUCUACACCUUUGCUUUUACCAUCCACAGUGACGCUGGUGCCGCUGAUUCUCCCCUCGCCGCCUGUGCCGAACUGUACGUUAACAACACGGUGGUGGCCAGAUUGAGUGAGGAAAAUAAAGAAGACCAAGAGGAUGGAGCCACUAAUGUUGUUGUCCUGCAACUGAAAGCUGCAGACAAGGUGGCCGUCAACAUGCCCAAAGGCUGUUCCCUCUGUGAUGACAACAACCACUAUAACACUUUCAGUGGCUUUCUGCUGUUUGCUACUGAUUAA